AUGGCGGGAGAGAGGAGGCGGUCAGGGGUGGCGGCCGCGGCGGACGCGGCGUCGUGGUGCUGCGGGCUGGCACUGGUGGCGCUACUGCUGGUGUCGUCGCUCGGCGCCAGCGAGGUGGAGGAGCAAGGUGGAGUGGUGGUGGCCCGUGGCCCGCGGAUGCACGCGGCGUCGCGGAGGCCAUGCGAGGAGAUAUACGUGGUGGUGGAGGGGGAGACGCUGCACAGCAUCAGCGACAGAUGCGGCGACCCCUACAUCCUGGAGCACAACCCGCAUGUCCACGACCCCGACGACGUCUUCCCCGGACUCGUCAUCAAGAUCACACCGCGCGCCGCCGCCGCCGCCGAGAACCGCAACUGA